GCUCAGGGAAACAAAAGUGAUGGCUAAUUUUACGUGGCCGCAAAACAGAAAAGAUAUUGGUAAUUGACCAAUUGGUGAGAUUAAUCAGGGUGGAAACUGGAGAGUGGAUAGUCCAAACUGCAAAAGCAUUAAUAGGAGCGAGAGCUGAAACUUAUUUAUUUAUUUGAUUUUGAUUCUGAUUGUAAUAAUAUAAUUUUGAAUUGGGCGACAAAGAUAAGAGAAGAUAAAAGAAGAGUGAUGAGUGUGGAUGAUGGCGAAACCGGAGAAUAUUGAAUUGGGGGUCAAGAAGAUGGGAUCAUCGGUCUACGCUCAAUGCAAUUCAGCAAAAGUGCACCCUUCCAAUGAUCCCGAAUCGGAUCCUGAUUCCUUAGCCCUCGAGAAAUUCAGGCUCUAUGAAACCAGAGCGCGGUUCUACCUGAUCGGGAGUGAUCGCCACAAGAGGUUCUUCCGAGUACUGAAAAUCGAUCGAUCAGAGCCCUCUGAUCUGAAUAUCAGCGAAGACCCUGUCUUGUAUUCCCCACAUGAAAUCAAAAGCCUCCUUCAGCGUAUUGCCGAAGGCAAUAGGGCCACCGGCGGCCUCACUUUCGUCGCCAAGGUCUUUGGAAUUGCCGGGUGCAUUAGGUUUCUGGAAUCCUAUUAUUUGAUUCUUGUUACUAAGCGUAGACAAAUUGGUUCUAUUUGUGGUCAUGCUAUCUAUAGCAUCAGAGAAAGUCAAUUGAUUACAAUUCCGCAUGUUACAAUUCAAUCUGACGUAGCUCACUCUAAAACUGAGCAAAGGUACAAAAAGCUUCUCUCCAGUGUCGAUUUGACGAAGGACUUCUUUUUUAGUUACACUUACCCUAUUAUGCAAAGUUUGCAAAAGAAUGUCUCGACUGAUCCAGAUGGAGGGAUGUCGUAUGAUAAUAUUUUCGUUUGGAAUGCUUAUUUAACACAAGCAAUCAGAUCAAGAUGCAACAACACCAUUUGGACCAUAGCUUUAGUUCAUGGCCAUUUUAGGCAGGCUCGCCUAUCAAUCUUUGGAAGGGACUUCGGUGUUACCUUGAUUUCUAGACGUUCUAGACAUUUUGCAGGCACACGGGAAGGAUUGAAGGAGGAGGAGCAACAAACCAGUUACUUGAAAAGGGGAGUGAAUGACCGCGGGAGAGUUGCUAAUGAUGUUGAGACAGAGCAGAUUGUCCUUGAUGAAGAAGCUGGCUCUUGCAAGGGUAAAAUGAGUUCAGUUGUGCAAAUGCGAGGGUCAAUACCACUUUUCUGGUCACAAGAAGCUUCGAGAUUUAGCCCUAAGCCUGACAUAAUCUUGCAGAGGUAUGAUCCAACAUAUCAGGCAACAAAAUUACAUUUUGAAGAUCUUGCUAAGAGAUAUGGCAAUCCGAUUAUUGUGCUUAAUUUGAUUAAGACAGUUGAGAAACGACCUCGAGAAAUGAUGCUUAGGCGUGAAUUUGCAAAUGCUGUUGGGUAUCUGAACCAAAUUCUACCUGCAGAAAAUCAUCUUAAAUUUAUUCACUGGGACUUUCACAAGUUUGCAAAGAGCAAGUCCGCCAAUGUUUUGGCAGUUUUAGGAGCUGUAGCAAGCGAAGCACUUGAAUUAACAGGCUUUUACUACAGUGGUAAACCCACCAUCAUAAAGAGGACCAACAAGAGCAACAGAACAAGUUCAGGGAUGGAUGCUUCACUUAGAGAUCUUAGAGCUAGUUCUGGGGACCUUACAAGAAUUGGAACUGCUAGUGAAAUGCUAAAUUCUCUGGUCAUUCGAGACAGAGAAAAUGAUGCGAGCCAUCAGAACCAAAAGACGAGUGCUACUGGUGAUGCACCACGCUAUCAGAGUGGAGUUCUACGUACCAACUGCAUUGAUUGCUUGGACCGUACAAAUGUUGCCCAGUAUGCUUAUGGACUUCAAGCUUUAGGACGUCAGCUCCAUGCAAUGGGUUUGACUGAUGUGCCAAAAGUGGAUCCUGAUAGUAGUAUUGCUGCUGCACUAAUGGACAUGUAUCAAAGUAUGGGAGAUGCACUUGCACAGCAAUAUGGCGGUUCUGCAGCUCACAAUACUGUGUUUCCUGAAAGGCAGGGAAAAUGGAAAGCAACAACACAAUCAAGGGAGUUUUUAAAAUCUAUAAAACGAUACUAUAGCAAUGCAUAUACUGAUGGUGAAAAACAAGAUGCAAUAAACUUAUUUUUAGGUUACUUCCAACCACAGGAAGGGAAACCUGCUCUGUGGGAGCUUGAUUCGGAUUAUUAUCUCCAUGUAUCUGGUAUUGGGGAUGAUCUGAUUCCUGAGAGUUGUUGCGAACUGAAUGCCAAGCCUGCCGGAAGUAAUGGAAUGACAUUCACACCUAUACCAGCUUGCAGAGAAGACUUCUGCCGCAUAAAAUUGACUUCAUUUGACAAGUUGAUUGAAAAGACCUGUAGCGCCAUUAAAAAUGUAAGGCUUUGCAGUGAACCUGAUCAAAGACCAGGUGGUGUCUCUGGAAGCAGUGGUGUUGCACCUGAUGCAGCUGAGAUACAACUUAAAAGCCCCAAUUGGCUUUUUGGCCAGAGAAAGUAUGAAGAAAGCUCCUCUGCUGCAAAAGCUACUACUCGAGAAAUUGACAUUGAAGGAUCUCAGGUUAAUGGCUUUUGCAACUUGAAUUGGCUUUCAUCUAGCGGUGAUAUGAAUGAAGAGGAUGUUUUUCAAAGGUGUGUAUUUUAGAUGUUCGUUUUCCUUUGAAAUCUUUGACGCACUGUAUAGACAGAUAUAGAUAGAAUUCUGAACUAUUAUUCUGUGCGAUUUGCCAUAACCGUGUAGCACUUG